AGAUGUGUAGCAGAAAAGUGAAGUCAUGAUUUUUUUAGAUGUUGAUCAGAUACUCUUAGAAGCACAAAACCGGUGGCUACGCCCAGCAGAAAUAUGUGAAAUUCUUCAAAACUAUAACAAGUUUCAUAUUUCUGCAGAACCUCCGAACGCACCACCAAGUGGUUCUCUUUUUCUUUUUGAUCGGAAGGUGCUACGAUACUUUAGAAAGGAUGGACAUAAUUGGAGAAAGAAAAAAGAUGGAAAGACAGUCAAGGAAGCUCAUGAGAAGCUGAAGGUUGGUAGUGUUGAUGUUCUGCACUGCUACUAUGCCCAUGGAGAAGAAAAUGAAAAUUUUCAACGACGUAGUUAUUGGAUGCUUGAAGAGGAACUCUCACACAUUGUUUUUGUCCACUACCUCGAAGUGAAGGGAAACAGAGCAAAUUUUCAUCGUGUUAGAGAGCCUGAAGCUGUCUCUCCAUAUUCCCAAGAAACAGGGCCCAAUUCUGAGGUGGAAAGUUCUAUAUCUUCUAGAUUUCCUCCAAUCAAUUGCCAACUGCCUUCAACUACACAUACUACAGAUACAACAAGCCUGAAUAGUGCACAGGCAUCGGAAUAUGAAGAUGCUGAAUCAGUUUAUAAUCCCCAAGCAACUUCUGGAUUCCACUCUGUUCAUGAGCUACAACAGCCUUCUGUGGAAAGCUUUGAGGCUGGAACCUCUGAACCUUAUGUUCCUCAGUUUUAUUCAAAUAGUUCUCAAGGGAAGUUGUUAACUGAACCUGAAAUGGAUUUGGCCUCCAUUCAAGCAGGCAAGGGAAAAUAUGACAAUGAUUCUGUAUUAUCGUAUGAGUCCCAGAAGCCCCUUGAUUUGGCAUCUUGGGAAGAUAUCUUGGGAAAUUGUACCGAUGGCAUGGAACCCAUACAAUACCAAGCAUUAUUAUCCUCUACACAGCCUGAAACCAUGGGUCAGCUUUUGAUCAGCAACUUUCUCAAAAAGCAGGAGUUUGGGGAGCAGCCACAGAUGCAAGAAGAGUGUCAGAUGCACCAAAAUAUGUGGAUUGAUAAUUCCAUAAAAAAUGACUCCCAAACUCGGCUUUUAAGUGGAGAACAUGAUCAUGUUCUUCCACCUGAUUCAGAUGGCCACUUGAACUUGGAGGGAAAAUCAAUCUACUCUUCUGCAUUAAAGCAGCGUUUGUUUGAUAGUACUUUAACGGAAGAAGGUUUAAAGAAGCUUGACAGUUUUAACCGCUGGAUGAGUAAGGAACUGGGAGAUGUCACAGAUGUAGAUGAGUCACACAUGCAGUCCAGUUCUGGGGCUGACUGGGAAACAGUUGAGAAUGAAAAUGCAAUUGAUGUAUCCAGCAUUCCCUCUGAAGGAAAAGCAAAUACCUUUAUGCUGGGUCCUUCCCUGUCCCAGGACCAACUUUUUAGCAUUGUUGAUUUCUCACCAAAUUGGACAUAUGUAGGGUCAAAAACCGAGGUCCUAAUCAAGGGAAGAUUCUUGAAGAGUCCAGAUAUAAUAGAAAAUUGUAAAUGGUCAUGUAUGUUUGGGGAAGUUGAGGUUCCAGCAGAUGUCGUAGCAGAUUGUGUUCUUCGUUGCUAUACUCCAACACAUGAAGCUGGCUGGGUUCCUUUCUAUGUCACAUGCUCCGAUAGAUUAGCUUGUAGUGAAGUGCGAGAAUUUGAAUACCGAGUCAGUAGUUCUGAUGAUAACUACAGUGACACCAGCGAAAAUAUCCUCUUGAGAUUUGAUAAAUUAUUGACCUUAAGCUCUAGUUCUAAUAGUUCAGACACCAGCAGUUUCAAUGAUAUAUCCGAGUUGUGCAGUAAAAUCAAUUUAUUGCUUAAGGAGGACACUUUAGGAUGGGAUGAGAUGUUAAAGUUUAGUUCAGAUGAAGAAUAUCCCUCACAAAAAUUAGAGGAGGGAGAGCGUCAGAAGCAGCUGAAAGAAAAGCUGUGUGCGUGGCUCUUGCAGAAAUUAGCUGAAGGUGGUAAAGGCCCUAGUGUAUUGGAUGAGGGUGGCCAAGGUGUACUACAUUUUGCUGCUGCUCUUGGCUAUGAUUGGGCUUUUGAACCUACUAUAAUUUCUGGUGUAAGUGUUAAUUUCCGUGAUGUGAAUGGAUGGACUGCACUUCAUUGGGCAGCAUCUUUUGGCAGAGAGCGUGCUGUGGCUUCCCUUAUUUCAUUGGGUGCUGCUCCUGGAUUAUUGACAGAUCCAUCACCUAAACAUCCUUUAGGAAGAACACCUGCUGACCUGGCCUCUGCCCAUGGGCAUAAAGGGAUUGCUGGAUUCCUUGCAGAGUGUUCUUUGAGUGCCCACCUUUCAUCCCUUAAUUUGGAUAACCAAGACAGUGAUGCUGCAGAUGGAGCAAAAGCGGUGCAGGAAUUUUCUGAAAGAACUGCAACUCCAUUUAGCUUAGGCAACACCUCAGAUGGCCUGUCACUAGAGGACUCAUUGGCUGCUGUCCGUAAUGCUACCCAAGCUUUUUCCCGUAUUUUUCAGGUUUACCGGGUGCAAUCUUUCCAAAAAAGGCAGUUAAAAGAGUAUGGUGAUGAUAAAUUUGGAAUGUCAGACGAGCGUGCACUUUCGCUUCUAGCAGUUAAGUCAUACAAGCCAGGACAAAAAGAUGAACCCGUGCAUGCUGCUGCGAUUCGCAUACAAAAUAAAUUCCGUAGUUGGAAGGGUAGAAAACAGUUUCUGUUAAUCCGUGAGAAAAUUGUCAAAAUUCAGGCUCAUGUAAGAGGCCACCAAGUCAGAAAAAAUUAUAGGAAAAUAACCUGGUGUGUAGGAAUUCUGGAGAAGGUGAUCUUGCGGUGGAGAAGAAAAGGAAGUGGUUUGCGUGGAUUUAAAAAAGAAGCACUUACUGAGGCUCCCAAUUUACCUGAAAAAUCCUCAAAAGAUGAUGACUAUGAUUUUCUGAAAGAAGGCAGGAAACAAACAGAAGAAAGGAUGCAAAAAGCUCUUGCUAGGGUUAAGUCUAUGGUUCAGUAUCCUGAAGGCAGAGAUCAAUAUCGCAGAUUGCUGAAUGUCGUCACUGAGAUCCAAGAGAAAAAGGUAACUAAAUUCUCUAAUCUUUUACUAGUAGUUUUUCAUAAUGGAUUCCUCAGACUGUUUUUAACAAUCCUAAAUGGAUGGGUUUAAAUUUGCAUUCACAUCUUAUGAGAUUAUGGGUUCCAAGAUUAGUUUAUAUCAUGGAUAUGCUAUGCUUAAGAAUUAAGAGCAUUUCAAACU